UUUGUCUGCCCAUUUGAUCCGCCACUUUCGACUCCAGGCAGCCACCUCGGCGAUAACCCUCGAAUUCAUUUCCAAAACCCCUCUUAAGCCCGCGCUGGCUUGGUCGUCCGGUGAAGCGUAGCAAACUAUGUAUCUUUGCCGGCGAAUAUUCACCAAAGCCUCGCAUCUCCGUUACUUCUCACAAGCCGCCACAGCCGUCGCUCCCCAAGAGCCUCUUGACCUCCCACCAUUCACGUAUCUCGAAGGUUUCCCGAGGCCCGACCCCAGAUACGCUGAGGCGAUCCUUGCUAUACCUCGCUCCGCCUCGGGACGUAUCAUUUCUGCCAAGGAGCGCAAGGCUGGGCGAGUGCCUAGCAUCGUCUUUGAGCAAGAGGAUGGCCAACACGGGGGCAACAAGCGCCUCAUUUCCGUCCGUACUAAUCAGAUCCGAAAGCUCGUCACCCAUCUAGGUCGAUCAUUUUUUUUGUCCAGACUUUUUGACCUGGAGGUUCGGACGGGGUUCGAAUCCGAAGAUAUUGUAGAGAAGAUUCGGGUUUUGCCCCGGCUGCUUCACCUGCAUGCAGGCAGCGAUGAGCCGUUAAAUGUCACAUUCAUAAGGGCUCCAUCACAUGCUUUGUUGAAAGUUAACGUUCCUCUUGUAUUCAGAGGAGAAGAUGUGUCCCCUGGAUUGAAGAAAGGUGCCUAUUUGAAUACCAUCAAAAGGACUGUCAAGUACCUGUGCCCCGCAGAUAUUAUCCCUCCAUACAUCGAUGUGGACUUGAGUGAGUUGGAUGUGGGACAGAAGUUUGUUAUGGGAGAUCUCAAGGUUCACCCUGCAUUAAAACUUCUUCAGUCAAAGGACGAACCUGUUUGUAAAAUAAUGGGCCAAAGGGUCUCUGAGCAAAGGAAAUCCAAGUAACUGCUUUUAUUUCCGGCAGCUGAUACGGCUGCAGGGAGGCAUUUUGUAGCUAACGUGUAUAAUUUGUGCUCAUCAUAUUGGUUGAUUCUUGGUAGCGGUUAAGGACGCACAGAAUUUCAGUGCAAGUUAUUUCUUCCUUCCGGUUUCUGCGCCCUUUUGGUUUCUUUCUCACUUCUUCGAAACCUUAAAUUCUCUUUGUUACAUCUUUUGGCUGGAAUGAGGACACUGGGGAUGAGAAUAGGGAAUUUGGGCUUCGGCCAUUUUAUUAAAGCUUGCUGAUACAUUUUGUAUUAUUGAAGUUCUACAUUUAAUUGAAGUGCUGUCUUUA